UGUUAUUGCGUGGAAAUGCCGCUGGUAAAUGGGUGUAGUAAAUAGAGAUAAGACCGAUACACACGUGUUGUGAAACGAUCUAAUUAGUACCUGCCGUACUUCGCCCUUUUUUCUGACUUUCCCAUUUUUUGUUUGGAAAACAAUGGGCCUGGUGGAUAGUGCCAAAACAUUUAAAAUGCGUUCUCCGAUGACAUCAUCGACAUUGUGUUUUUAAUUCGCUUCUCCGUUCCAUCUGUUUGGUUUCUGUGCUUACAUAUAUUUUAGAAAUACUUUAAACCACUCAACGAACCCAAGAAAUUUUGAAACACGGCCACAAUCAAUUGGAACAAACAAAAAACAUUGAAGAAAAAUCAAUAGGAGCAUCUGCUAGGACACGAUGGUCUUCGAGGCGGUGGUGGCGGAUGUCCUGAACAAGGUCCUCGGCGACUACAUAGAGAACUUGGAUCGCAACCAGCUGAAAAUCGGCAUUUGGGGAGGCGAUGUGGUCUUGCAGAACCUUAAGAUACGGGAGAAUGCGCUGGACGAGUUGGACCUGCCCGUUCAGCUUAUCUAUGGUUACUUAGGAAAACUGGUGCUAAAAAUCCCCUGGAAGAAUCUAUACAGCCAACCGGUAAUUGUUAACAUCGAGGAUCUCUAUGUCCUGGUUUCGCCCAACAACAAUGUGCAGUACAACGCCGAAAAGGAAGCCAAGUAUGAGAUGGAUCUUAAGAAGGCGGCGUUGGAUGCCCUGGAGGCAGCGCGAAAAAAAGAGCUGGAAAAGGAUCAGCCCAAGCCCGAUGCUGGUUUUGCCGAGAAACUAACGGCGCAGAUCGUGAAUAAUCUGCAGGUGCAGAUAACCAACGUUCAUCUGCGUUACGAGGACACCACCACAACGGGCAGUCCCUUCUCCUUCGGCAUUUCGCUGCAUGAGCUGGAGCUCUACACCACCGAUUGUAAUUGGGAGAAGUGCUAUAUGGCCCAACAGGCAUCGCAGGUCUUCAAAAUAGCGAAUCUUUCCUGCCUCUCUGCCUAUUUGAACUGCGGUGGGAAUCUGUACGCAAACAAUAAAAGCGCGCUUGCAGAUCAGUUUCAGGCGAAUAUUGCUCGCAAGGAUUCAAAGCCCAGCACUUACCACUAUGUGCUGGGCCCCAUUUCAUGCAAUGCCAAGCUAAAGCUAAACAUGAACCCUGAGUUUGAUGAUCCUCCCUUUGAAAAACCGAAAAUUGAUCUCACCCUGGAGAUGGAAAGGCUGAUCGUGGGUAUGACCAAUACACAAUUCGAUAAUCUCAUGAAGCUUGGAGAUGCUAUGAACCGCCAGCAGUUGGGCAUUCCCUACCGGAAAUAUCGUCCUUACAACUUACCCUACAAAGGUCAUGCCAAAGAAUGGUGGCAAUUUGCAAUUACUUCUGUUCUAGAGGAGGAUGUAAAAAAACCUCGAGAGAGCUGGACCUGGAGCUACAUAAGGAAUCAUCGUGAACUUUGCAACACUUAUGCACAGAAAUAUAAGGAGCAGUGCUUGAACAAAAAGCCGUCAGCCGUGUUAACUGAAACCUGCAAUUUGCUGGAAACAAAGCUGGACAUAUUUAACUUACUGCUGAUUAGGCAGAGGGUCAACAUCGAGAUAGCCAAGCAGCGGGAGGCAGUGCCAGAGCAAAAACCGGGAUGGUUCGGCUCCUGGGGAUGGGGUGGUGGAGCUAAGAAAGAGGAACAGACCGCCGGUCAAAAGUUAGUCGAGAAGUUCGAGGCGGCAAUGACGGCCGAGGAGAAAGAAAAGAUGUACAGGGCAAUUGGUUACCAAGAGAACGUAAAGCCUAGUGAUCUGCCCGAACACUAUGAGGCCAUCAAGAUGAACUUUAAGCUGAUCGCACUAGAGGUCGGGCUUUAUAAGGAUGAGCGUAAAAGUUCUAUAGAAUCGUACGACUACCAAGCACUGCCUUCUCUGGUUCUUCUUAAAUUUUCGAUGGCCACGGCCUCGAUCACCCAACGCCCAGCUGCCGAAGCUAUAAGCAUCACCGCUGGCAUGAAGGAGCUCAAGGUGACGGGUCUCCAACGCAAAGACUGCACUCCCUUGUUGGUUGAGUCAAAGAUUACCGACGAGUUCAACCUGCUGGACGUGUUCUUCGAGACGAAUCCAAUGGAUAAGAUGUGUGACCAAAGGGUCAAGGUGGUGGCGCGUCCACUGCAGAUUAUGUAUGACGCUCCCACUAUACUGGCCCUUAUCAGCGCCUUUCAGCCGCCUGGCGACGUCACGCUCUCUAAGUUCGAAGAUGCGGCCAGCAUGCAAAUGUCCAGCUUUAAGGAGCGCUCGGCCACCGGAAUGCAGUACAUGAUCGAUAAGAAGGCGGUCUUGGAUGUGGACAUUCUGCUGAUGCCAAACAUCCUAGUCGUGCCACAUAAGGGAGUCUACGACGCAAACAACUCGUCGCUGCUGGUUGUGAGCAUGGGCCAGGUGCAUCUUUCUAGUCAACCUCGUAAAGAGUCGGCCAAGCUGCAGAAUCUGUUCUCCGCAGGCGAGGAUAAAGACGAGAUCCUCAAGGGAGUGAUGGAAAAUGCUUACGACAGAUACACAGUGCAGGUAAACGAUGUGCAGAUGCUGGUGGUCCGCGCUGGGGAACCGUGGCAAAGUGCGCUCCGAGAAGCAACCUCAACGGAGAUGCACGUUCUGCGACCCGUCUCCCUGAAAGUAACUGCCGCACUCUGUGUAGUUGACAACGAUCCCCGUUUGCCCAAGAUCAAGGUGGAUAUUGACCUGCCAGCUUUCCUGGUCAAUGUCUCAGAGGAUCGCGUUUUCCUCGCCAUCAGGGUGGCAACAAGCAUUCCGCUGCCGGAUCAACAAAAUCCGGGGGCGAAGAUCACGCUGUCAAACUCGCGCAGCUCAAUGUCUAUAUCAAACUUUAUUAACAAAGAAGUAAAAAAGAUCGGUCCCGCUUCUUCUUCUGACCCAAGGAGCAGGGCUCCGUUGCUCGACGAGAUCACGCAGUACACCAAUCUGGAUGUGAACUUCUCUCUGGGGGAGAUAUACUUCGUCUUGUUCCAGUCCAGUCCACAGAGUGAGAUGAGCUCUGACGUAUCCAUCGAGUUCCUUACCCCUGAGGGUGAGCACCUUCCUUCACAGGUGACUAUGCCAGAAACAGAGCAUAUCGAGCGUCCACCGCGGACGCCCCGUCAUCAGAUUCUCUCCAUCGACAUCCGACGCCUAGAGGCUCAUUUUGUAUCGCGAACCUACGAGUCUGUGGCCACAGUCAAGCUUGGGGAAAUAAACCUCCGGCAGUAUGGCUGCAAUGACAGUGACUUGGAAGUUCUCGACGUUAUCUAUACGCCGAAAAGGGAAAAUAGCUCAAACUAUCUAUUCACGGUCUCGUGCACCAUUGCAGACAAGACAUCGCCAGAGUUCAGCACCAAGUACAACUCAACGGAGCAGCUGGUUGUGGCUAACUUCGAGGUGCUUCAGAUCGUGCUGCACCAGGAGUGCCUACAGCGUAUCUUGGAGGUAGUGAACAAUUUUCAGAGAAAUCUGGAUGUUGUACUCUCAACCACCCGCCCACGAGAUCGGAUGGGCUCUAUUGGCGGUGGCGAUGGUAUCAAACGGACGCUUAAUGUCAUCCUUGAGGACACAGAGGAAAUAAUGACAACCAACCAGAUGAAGCGCCGCAAGAAGACGCGACACAAUCGCGUCGUGGAGACAGUGAAAGUCCGUGUGAUUGCAAAUCUAGACGAAGUUGGUCUACUGCUCACCACCCGAAGUCGGCCGUUAGCCGAGUUGAACGUAAAGAAAUUCGUAUCCAGUUUGAUCAUGAAAUCAUCUUACACUGAAGUUAAUAUUGGCCUUAAGGACAUCCAGGUGUUGGACUUGAACCCUCACACCAUUCAUAAGAAUAUCCUGAGUAUUGUUGGCAAGGACGCCUUCAACUGCCAGGUGGUCCUUUACAACAAAGAGGAGACCCUCGACUACAACUCUGAUGACAUGAAGAUCACCGUGGAUAUUGGCUGCAUGAAGAUCAUCUUUCUCAAUUGGUUUGUGACAGGCGUAAUGAACUUCCUGAACAACUUUACAGAGGCCCAGGCGGCGAUUUCGCAGGCUAGUGCUGCGGCGGCAGAAUCCGCUCGUCAGAAGGCAAUGGAUGCCUACGAAACGGCCACGCGCAUGAAGCUGAAUGUCCGCAUUAAGGCCCCUAUUAUCAUCAUACCAGUUGGCUCCACGGAAUCGAAUGCCCUGUCGCUCGAUUUGGGUCUGCUGGAGUUGACGAACAACACGGUGGAGGUGGUAGUCGACAAUGAGGAACGGCUGGCCGUCAUAGACGAGAUCAAGUUAUGUAUAUGCGAUGUUAAGAUUUCCAAAGUGGUUAUACUAGAUGGCAACGAGUCGACUGUUGAUGAAUUGGACGCUGCUGUGGGCUAUUUUUCUAAAUUUAAUAUGAUGAAUCCAAUGAGUUGCAACCUAUUGGUAACCCGUAAUUUAUCGUACACCUGGUAUAGGGAUGUUCCGGAACUUAAUCUUUCUGGUCGUUUAAAGUCCAUAGAGCUCACUCUCUUCGCUGACGAUUACGCCUUGGUAAUGAUGAUCCUAAAUCACAACUUAAACGAAGGCCUGGAUGAGUUCCCCCCCAGCGAAGAGGCACCCGAGCCAAAGCACCGAUCCGAACGACGUUCCUCUCGUGUUGAACGUAAUUCACGCCCUGUCAUUGCUUCUCCAAAAAGAGACAAGAUUCACGAAUCGAUGAAGUUCAACUUCCAGUUUGACGGUGUGGUCAUAAAUCUAAUGGAGGGUGAAGACGCAGGACUCGCACGGUUUGGAAUAUAUUUCCUUUCCGUUAAGGGCACAAAGCUGGAUAAUGGCACACUAAGCACUUCGGUGGUUCUGUGUAAUAUCCAGAUGGAUGAUACGCGCAAGAACUCCAAAAGUCAGAUCCGUCAGUACUUAAGCCGCAAGGAUUGGGUUCAGCCCAAGUUGGAUGCGGAAGCGAUUAUUGACGCCUGCUAUAACGAGCGCAACUUCAUGGUUGAUUUGACAGCCAUAAUAAAGGAAGACGACACAUUUGCUGAGAUACGUGUGCGAAGCUUCGACCUGAUCGUGUGCAUCGACUUUCUGCUUAGACUGACAUCUUUCCUUACCCUUCCGACUGAGGAGACUCCUCGCGGGUCAUCACUUGUGAAGCCUUCGUUAAUUGCAGAAACGGCAGAGGAGGCCAAGCACUCGAUUCGCUCCUCGGCUAUGUUAGCCGCCAACGAGCUUGUUCCCGUGGAGGCUACCGUACCGAACCGUAAGAUGAAUCUUAUUCUACACAUUGAUGAACCAGAUAUAAUAUUGGUGGAGAACCUAGAAGAUCUAAAUACCAGCUGCAUUAUAUUCAAUGCCCAAGCUCAUCUGAAUUACCGCAGCAUUAACGACAAACAAAUCAUAAACGGUCAGAUUGAUGCCCUUAAGAUGUACAUGAGCGCUUUCCUACCGGAGCGGCGAGAACUUACCCGUCACUACAUCCUGCAUCCGUGUGUUAUUAGCCUACAAGGCUCUACGCCCGAGGAAGAAGGCUUGCACAUCAGCCUAAAGCUGAGCGACAUCAUGGUCAACGUGUCGCCGGCCACCAUUGAGCUGCUGAACAAGGCCAUGGUGAGCGUCACCAGUGGUAGCAUGGCAAAGUCAGCCAUUGCUGAGGAGACACGUAACUAUUCGACUCUGUGGCAUCCACGCCAUUUCCACAGCCGCACUUACUGGUUCACGAGGGUUGAGCAGGGCGUCGAAGCCAUCGAGUGCGAUCAAAGCAGCAGCAGCAUGGAAAAGCAAAAGACGGAGAAGUGUGUGAUUGAGAUUCCUAGCAUUACGCUCGUGAUCGAGUCUGGCAUUGGUUACUACACUAAGCCACUCAUCUCGCUGGACGCCCGCAUCACUGCCGUGUUUAACAACUGGAGUCGUAAUCUCACAGCUAACGGUUCAUUAACUCUUAACAUGAAUUACUAUAAUCAAGCACUAGCCGAAUGGGAGCCAAUUAUUGAGCUAAACGAGGUGGUUGGUCGCAACGGAGUCACCGAAUAUACCCCUUGGGAGCUUAAGUUCGAAAUGGGUAUGGAGAAGGUGCAGAGCGAAGUGGAAAACGAUGUCGAGCAGCAGGCCAUGCACAUGAACAUCCACUCAAAAGAAACACUCGAGAUUACGUUGAGCAAGACAUGUCUGGGUCUGCUGAGUGAACUGGCCGAGGCUUUCUCUCAAGCCAUCGAUGCUAAGGGUUUGACUAAGCCGGAUAUUGUGGCUCCUUUCGUGGUGGAGAACGAUACUGGGUUCGAUAUUAAUCUUAAUCUCCGCAAGGGCGUCUUUACUCUGCACGAGGUGCACCGUGGUGGCACCCCGUUAGGUGUGAGUAGUACACUUCUUUUGUCUACCAAUCUGGAGGAGGUUGAUCCCAACCAAAUAAAAACGUGCACAAUUUCUUCGGGCGGUCGAGCGUACCUGCAGACCAAGGACCUGAGUACAUUAUCCGAGGAGGAUUCCGACGACUACAGUCUUUAUGUGACGAUUGGCGAUAUUGACAAGGAGAUUGCACUGCCCGUGUCCAAGUCGGAUACUCGUUAUUUUAAUCUGAUGCGCAGCACUUCUCAAGAGGCAUGGGGCAUUGUUUCCGAAGUGAAGGAAGAGUAUGGCACUACGAAAAUAAAUAUUCACGGAGUUGUCAGUGUUCAUAAUCACUUUACAACAGGCAUAAAUAUUUAUCGACGCAAUCCUACGCCGACAGCACAAAAUUUUGAGGAUAUCUUCGUCGGACGUGUUCGUCCUGGCGAAGUGUUCCAUGUGCCGCUGCACGCCAUCUACGCGGGUUCCAAGGAGCUCUACUUCUCGAUGCGCGGUUACAGAACCUCGGUGCAAGGCAUUUCAUGGACUACCAAUCCAUCAGACCUCAAUUAUUCACACCAGCUACAUUGCGAUCCGACCAAGACGUUUGAGCCGCUCAUUAUAAAUGCGCGGCGAAAUAAGUCAGAGAUUUACUUUGAGAACACCACCAAGUAUACGCUGCUUAGCGCCUUCUACACGAUUCACCUACGCCCGCCACUCUAUCUGCGCAACUCCCUGCCCAUCAAAAUUCAAGUGUCUGUGGCCGGCUGCUCGGUCCGAAAUGAGGAUGGUCUGGAUGCCCAAUCGUCGGCGCAGAUAAGGGACAGGGUAUACAACAAGGAGGAUUUUCUGGAUUACGGAGAAAAGGAGGUAAACUCGGGCGAUGUGCUUCAUCUGCCCACUGUCCGUUUAUCCUCAAACGAUAAAGAAGCAAAAAGCUUCCUGGUUGUUCGGCUGAUUCAAUAUUUGGAGAAGGACUGGUCCUGUGCCACCGAAGUAUGGGACUACACCGACGAUGUUGUCACCUGGACGUUCUCUUCGUACGACUCGGAGAUGAAGGUGGACAUGGAUAUUUAUGUGAAGACAGAGAAUCGGUAUGGCAGUAUGAUGCUUACGAUCUACAGCCCUUUCUGGAUGAUAAACAAGACGGGAUUGAUGCUCACAUACAAAACCGAAACGACCUCCGGGGAAGUGCUUUACCACCCUCCCGAAUAUUCUGGGCCCAUUUUAUUCACUUUCCGUGAUAAAAUCUUCUUUGACAAGAAGAAGGCCUCGAUCCGCGUCGACAACGGCAACUGGAGUGAGAAGAUCCCUCUGGACGUGGCUGGCUCGAUUGGCGAGGUGACCUGCCAUUCGAACAAUCAGAAGUAUCCCAUCGGUGUUCACAACCACUUGACCCAGAAUUCCCUGACCAAGCAGAUCACCUUCAUCCCCUUUUAUAUUGUGUGCAACAAGUGCCGCUUUGACAUCGAGUUGCAGGAGCAAAGCCGCCCGGCCGAUCCCUGGCUGCAUCUUGAGCCGAAUCAGUUUGAACCCCUCUGGCCAAGAAACGACUCUAAGAAUAACAUGGUGGUGCGAGUGGAUGGCAAUGUGACUCCGGCCUUUAACUUCACGGAGGUAAUCUGCACGCUGCUUAAGCUGGAAAACAAUAAGUACGGUGGCAUCAAUGUGGACGUUCAGACGACUGAGGGCGGCGUCUAUAUCACCUUUACGGACUACAAACCGGAUGAUGCUCCCGGUCUGCUGAUCAAUCACACUGGCAGACAGGUUGUCUACUACGAGAAGGGAUCCAAAAACGAGCAAAUCCUGAACGCCAAGAGCACUAUAAUGUAUGCCUGGGAUGACCCCACGGGUCCCAAGGUUCUCGUAUUCGGAGCCAACAAACAGGAGACGGAUUUAAAACGUGACAAUAUCGGCGAAGUGGUCAUGCAGGACGGUAAUACUGUUAUAUGGGUAUCCUUUUUGGACGGCCUGCAACGUGUGCUGCUUUUCACCGAGAACGAAUCCAUCGCCAAUCGCACCGAGACCACUGCUUCGCUGCAGUCCAUCACUCAGUCCAUCGAUCUGCGUAUGCACGGCAUCGGUCUUUCAGUGGUAAACAACGAGUCGGGCCUAGACAUACUGUAUCUGGGGGUCACCAGCUCAGGAAUCAUAUGGGAAUCGAAGAAGAUUACCAAAAAGCGGUUUAAGGAGCACACCAUUCACGAGAACGGGGUUCUUGAGAGCGAGUAUCAGAAGUAUCUGUUGCACAAGAGUGUUAAUGAUGUGCAGACCUACAAACUGGACAACAAGUUCCCGAUCGACUUUGACAACAUGAUCCUAAAGAAGGCGGUAGAUCGAAACUUAAGGCGCAGUUUUUAUCCGGCGAUUUGGGUGUCCCGCAAGUCCUCGCCAUUCCAGAACCAGCUGCAUGUGAAAAUCAAUCGCAUCCAGGUGGACAACCAGUUCUUGGAUCCAAUAUUCCCCGUGGUGUUGGCGCCAAUACCACCACCGAAAAGCGUGGCGAAUACCACCACACUCAAGCCGUUUAUCGAGUGCAGCAUGGUGCAGCGCAUCAUGCCCAACUCGACGGUCCGGCAGUUCAAGUACGCCAAGAUCCUAAUCCAAGAGUUCCUCUUCAAGGUCGAUUUGCUUUUCCUUACGGCCAUAGCAGAAAUGUUUGCCAAGGAAGUGUCAGACGAGAUAGCAGCCAAGCAAUUCCAACAGGACGUAGAGUCCAUUAAGCUGCCGCUUUCCGCAUUCUUCGAAGAACACUCGUUGGAAGAACAGAAGAGCUUCUACGACAACCUGCAUUUAGGCCCGCUUAAGAUCCAUGUUAGCUUCUCAAUGGCCGGAACAGACACAAAGGCGUUGCCCGGGUUCCUAGGCUCGUUAGUGCAGGGUGUGGGUGUGACUUUAACAGACGUCAACGAUGUGGUCUUCCGUCUAGCUUUCUUUGAACGCGAGUAUCAGUUCUUCACCCAGCAGCAAUUGAUCAACGAGGUCACUUCGCACUACACGGGACAGGCGCUGAAGCAGCUGUAUGUUCUCGUCCUCGGAUUGGAUGUUCUGGGCAAUCCCUAUGGCUUGGUGGUGGGACUCAAAAAGGGUGUCGAGGACUUGUUCUACGAACCGUUCCAGGGCGCUAUUCAAGGUCCCGGUGAAUUUGCCGAAGGCUUGGUGCUGGGCGUAAAGUCACUCUUCGGCCACACGGUGGGCGGUGCUGCCGGCGCAAUGUCCAAAAUCACAGGCGCGAUGGGCAAAGGUUUGGCUGCACUGACUUUUGACGAGGACUAUCAAAAGAAAAGACGCCAGGGAAUUCAUAACAAACCGAAGAACUUCCACGAAGGAUUAGCCCGCAGCAGCAAGGGUCUUGUUAUGGGCUUUGUUGACGGUGUUACUGGCGUUGUAACCAAACCAGUGACUGGGGCUCGCGACAGCGGAGUAGAGGGCUUCUUUAAGGGCCUAGGCAAGGGUGCUAUAGGACUAGUGGCUCGCCCCACCGCUGGCGUGGUUGACUUCGCCAGUGGCAGCUUCGAUGCAGUGAAGCGGGCGGCGGAUGCGAGCGAAGAUGUGAAGCGGAUGCGUCCGCCGCGAUUCCAGCACUCCGACUUUGUGCUGAGACCUUACUGCUUAAUAGAGGCGACAGGAAAUAAGAUACUGAAGGAAACCGACAAGGGUAAAUUUGCCACCACGGACGACUUUGUCUUUUGCGAGGAGAUCAUCCAGAAGUCCGAGUACCUGGUGGUGACCAACUAUCGACUGCUGUACGUCCAACGUAACGAAAUGUUCGGCAUCUGGACGUCUCUCUGGUCUUACCUGUGGACCGAGAUUAGCGGCGUGGUUGGCACACCCCUCGGUGUGCAGAUCACGGUAAAGGCGGAUGGCAAGAAGGUACUGGGACUGUUUAGCAGCAAGGAGUCGCCCCGAAAGUUGGUGCUGCUAGGAGAAGAGCGCAAACGUGUCGCCCUGGUAAAAAUCAUUGAAUCUCACCUCUUGGACCCCAAUCCGCGAAGGGGCUCCCAGGCAUAUCCGGGGAGCAUGUGGCAAUAGACCUGAAUUUAUAUCCCUACUGUAUUAUAAUCCAAGCACAUCCUUACGGCACCAGCAACGACAUUGAAAUCUACCUCCAUCAUCAGAUUCUGUCUGUCCAAGCACCAUACACCAUGCACCCAAUUGGAAAACUCACACUCAUGUGUCGUACUUUUACAUAUGUUAACAACCAUUAUGUUUUGAUAUUAAAAUUUUAUGUCAAAGUUUA